AACUCGAGAGAAGAAGAAGAAGAAGAAGAAGACUUCCCGACGGUCACUAUCACCUCGUCCUCGCCGGUUACCACUUAUUAAUAAAAUGUAUUACAAAUUUAGUGGAUUUACACAAAGACUGACGGGAGCUGUGUCAUCCUCCGCCUACAGCCCGCAGGGAUUGAGGUCAAAUAUACCUGCUGAAUCCCCUACCAUCAUCUUUACCACCCCAACUACACUGGUGUCUGAAUCGAGUGCUGCAGUGGAGUAUAUGAGUGGCAACAAGGUGCCAGACCUCCAGAGGAUAUUUCAGGCAUCAGAUGAGAUUCCUGUUCAUCUGAAGCGUGGUGUUCCAGACAGACUCUUGUACAGGACCACUAUGGCACUGACAGUCGGGGGAGCUCUCUACUGUCUUGUAGCUCUUUAUAUAGCAGCACAGCCCAAAAACAAAUGAACUGUACCCAGCCUAUUUUCAUUGACUCACAUAAUCAGCAUUGAAAUAACAUUUGCGAUAUGUAACUUUCUGGUAUUUAUUAUGAACAUUAGCAAUAUGCCUCUCAGCAUUAAUCACCAUGAACAGACAUUCUGUCCUGACAAAGCUUUUGCUACACAAUGCUGUUUUUACUUGUGUCCUGUAUCAGCUCUGUCCUUACAGAUGGGAUGCUGUUAGUUAGAACAGUGGUUCUCAAUCUUUGUAAUUUCAAGGCCCUAAAAGUCAAUAUUUCAUGGCCCCCCUUACACAUACAAUUAUGUCAUCUUGUUCUUCUGCUGAAAUGACAACAAAAACACAUGCUUGUUUUUAAUCCUUUUUAUUUAAAGAAACUA